CCCUCACUUCGUGACUUCGAGUUGAGGAGUAGCGACACUUUGCUGCUGUGGAGAAGCCAACAGUGUAUUGCAAUGAGGCCCCCGAGAGCAAAAAUUAAACUGAAAGAUGAAGCAGUAAAAUUUUCAUCUUUGGGGCAGGACAAUGAUGGAUUUGAAGUGAAAUUCAUAAAUUCAGUAAAAGGUCGAGGAGUGUUUAGUAGGUGCAACUAUAACAAAGGAGACUUCCUUCUGGAAUAUCGCGGAGACGUUGUAACCAAGAAGGAAUAUGAAAACAGAACAAGAUUGUACCAUGACGCCUUAAAGGUUUUUCUUUUUGAAUUCCGGUACAAUGGACAACAAUUAUGCAUUGAUGCAGCCAGAGAGGAUGGCUCCUUGGGCAGACUGGUGAAUGACGAUCACGUGAGCCCAAACAGCAAAAUGAGGACAAUUGCAGUAAAUGGAAAGCCUCAUCUCUGUUUAUUUGCCAUAAAAGACAUCAAGCCGGGGGAAGAAAUAACAUACAAUUACGGUGACUCUGACUGGCCAUGGAGAGUAAAGGUUUCAGAGCACCCUGACCGUUCUCAAGCUGCUGUGCCCAUGGUAUCGUCGUCUCUUAAAGAUGAUGAGCAGGUGACUAAUUUUCUGGUGUUGUUAUUAUUGCAACAAGAACACAGCAGAGUUGUUUGGAUGUUGAUAGUGAGGGUGUUAGACACAAGUCCUAUAGUGUUGGUUAAUGUAAGGUACCUACAUUAUGAGCACUGUGUGUGAGUUGGAUGCUUAAGUCUUUUGAAAGAUGGGCUCUCAAGUCUGUGAAACAGAGACCCUGCAGUGUAUGAAGCUUUCAGGUACAUUAUUAUGAGGACUGUGUGUGGAUACUGCCAAGAGUCAUGUUGGUUUACGCUGGAGAAUUAA